CAGCACGACAAACACACCAGGCAGACUAGUUAUCCACCACGGAGAACGGCCUGCCAAGACUCUGCCAAGACUUUGUCAUCAUGCCAUCCCAUCAAUUUAAUUCUCCGAGGCCCAAACAUGGCGCGGACCAAGUUUCUCUUCCUUUUCUACUCGGCUUGCACGGAUUCCAACUGUAUCUUAUGGACAUCGCCAUUUUUUGGCUCAGGUAGCGUUCGUCGACUUUGCGCACGAUGAGUCAGGAUUAUUUUCCCAACAAGAGCGAUUCGUCGCGGGGGGAGGGAUCCUCCAGCCACCGACAUGAGGAGCGAGACCGCCACACCCAAGAAAACCCGCUGUCAUACGCGCCACCACAGUACCUCACCGUUGGUAAUGGAUCGAAUUCGUCUGCAGCGGAAGCUUUGAUUGCAUCUUUAAACCAGGACUCUGGUUACGGAGGAAGCAUCGCUGGAGAUAGUUCGAUAGGAGGUGACGAUCCCAUUACCAACUGGCGCACAGGUCUCCUGGAGGACCGACCUGUACCUCCCCAUACACCCACAGCAGCUGGCGAGUUCAACCCGGCAGCCGAAAGUGAAAGACAAAUUCUCUCAGACCAUGUCGUCCAACUCCAAUAUAAUUAUAACCGCAAGGCACUGGGACGAUCUAUUUCUCGCACCAAAGAAAUCUUGGAGGAAUUACAGGAGAUGAACCGCCAAUGGCCAGCCCAUUAUCCAUCUGUGCAGCCCUCACAUCGACCCUCUUUACACCAUACUCAAUCUGAAUAUAGAGGAGCUAAUAGUGAGGAAACAUCCCCAUCGCGGCCAACCCAACUGAAGCGUGCGAUGACAUCUCUGAGCAAUGGGGAGCCUGGGGAGCCAAGUGCGGCAGCUGAACGUCGUGCAUCGACUGAACCAAGGUUGAUGACACCUCAAAUCGCCCAAGAAUUCUCCAUAUUAAAGUUGGACCUUAAACUUGGCGCUUUGUCACAGGCCGAGCUAGUCCAUUCACUUGAGAAAACGUCCAUUGCUUCAUUGCUGGAUGGCAAGAUUAGUCAGAGCAUCAAACACCUCUUAUCACUCCGCGACCGCAUUGACGACAAGUCCAGCAAAGUGCUGGUUACCGGUGAUCUCAAUGCUGGAAAAUCAACAUUUUGCAAUGCUUUGUUGCGUCGCAAGAUCCUGCCAGAAGACCAGCAACCUUGCACUAGUAUCUUCUGCGAAGUUGUCGAUGCGCGAGAAAAUGACGGCAUCGAAGAAGUCCACGCUAUCCACAAAGCCCAAACCUACAACCGCAAUAAUGAAAGCACAUACGAUGUUUUCCCUCUAUCGGAGCUCGAGAGCAUUGUAAUCGACAACUCAAGGUAUAUGCAAUGCAAGGUUUAUGUUAAAGAUGUGAGAAGUAUUGACGAGUCUCUUCUCAAUAAUGGCGUUAUUGAUAUUGCGCUUAUUGAUGCCCCUGGAUUAAAUUCCGACUCCGUCAAGACAACCGCGGUAUUUGCACGGCAAGAAGAGAUUGAUGUCGUGGUAUUCGUUGUGUCUGCCGCAAACCAUUUCACACUUUCUGCUAGAGACUUCAUCAUGAAUGCUGCUAACGAAAAGGCAUACAUGUUUAUGGUCGUAAACGGAUUUGAUAACAUAAGGGACAAGAACAGAUGUCAACGGAUGGUUCUAGACCAAAUAGCGAAGAUGAGUCCCCAGACAUUCAAAGACUCUGCGGAGCUUGUCCAUUUUGUCUCGAGCAAUGCUAUCCCCGUGGCUCCUGGAUCUAUGGUGAGCUCCUCUGGGUCUGGAAGCGGUGGUGCGGAUCCCUCUGAUGAUGAUCCCGGAGAUGGUGGUGAUGAUAAUGAAGGCAAUGGCAAAGAUCCAGAGCCGAAGAGGGACAAAGGCAAGGGCAAAGAGAAGGAAAAAAUAGAAGACUUUGAGAAGCUUGAGAGUGCAUUACGACGAUUCGUUCUUGAGAGGCGUGCGCGUUCAAAAUUGGCACCGGCGAAAACGUAUCUUCUUAAUGUUUUGGCUGAUCUCAAUGCUCUAGCGUCAGUAAACCGAGAUGUGGCUGAGUCAGAGCUCAAACGCGUCAAUAAGGAACUUGAAGAAAUUGUUCCUGUGUACGAGGAUAAGAAGCAGAAGAAGGGUGCAAUUACAGACGAGGUCGACACAUCGAUAGACAAAUCAUGCGAAGACGUCUAUAAGCACACUCGCUCCACCUUGAACGACACCAUAGAAAAAGUUGCUUACAACGACCUCGGUGUUACGUAUCCUGGUCUAUUCUCUGUAUUCCAGUACGCUGAAGAUCUCAAGCUUGCAAUGCUUGACCAAAUCUCAGAGUCCGUAUCUAAUUGCGAGAAUUACGCCCGUGCAAAGACUGUCCAGGGAGUGACUUACAUUCAGCAAGUCGGUUUACUUCACGUUGGAGAAAACAAGUUUCCUCCUCUUACCUUUCGGGCUGAGAAUAUGUUCAGCAGACGUCGCCAUACUUUGGCCAGACAGGUUGAUACGCAGGUUGAACUUUGGGACUUUUUUGAUAUUCCUGGACUCUGGGAAAGACAGGAGAAGGUUGCUGGAACAGGAUUUGCCAUGACCGCUGUCACUGUACUUGGUGGACGUGCUAUUGGUGGCUUUGGGUGGGUUGACGGCGUCUUUGGUGCUGCAAAGGUACUUGGCUCGAACAACAUGAGGCGAAUGAUUAUCCCCGGAAUGGUUGCUGCUGCCAUUCUCACUGCGGCCUACAUGCUUUCUGUCAUCCCUCAAACUCUUCCACCUCGACUCUCACGCAAGUUAGCUGCGUCCCUAGCCGAAGUGGAUUAUGUUCAUUCCAACGCCUCGCGAAUAGCCGCUGAAGUCCGCCGGGUUCUGCGAAUGCCAGCCGCAAGUCUGCACAGUAGUUUUUCUCAAGAGAUUGAGGACCUCGGACGUCGCAGGGAAGACGUCAGCAAGAUCCGAGAAGAAAGUGAAGUUGCAAAGAAGUACUUCUCUAACUUGUUCCGUGAGUCCCAAAACAACCGAAGGAAUGUGGAUCAAAUUGAACUUGACGGCCCUCUUCCCGGCGCUUUGGCCCAAUGAAUGGCCUAAUUCGAGCAAUUUUUAUAUAUCAUCACUAUUGAGAUAGACCCAAGCUUGUAUUCUCUCCAUCAAGCCAUUAUUCCUGCACUUUCUUUUCAUGAACCAUGCAUGUCUCUUUGUUUUCACUGAUUGUUCAAUACCCUCCUCACAAAUUAUCUGUAUUAUUUCUCUCGUUCUUCUCUUCACGACUUGAUUUCAGAUUUGACAACAAUAUUGGCGGCGCAUACUGGUGUUUUCGGCAAAGAAACAUUCUUACAAAUGAUCCUUUCUUUGACAAUUGCAAGUGUAUUGUACUAAGCAGGUUCAGACUGAACUAUGAUAUAGUGUUAUAUUUUAAAAAACACUGGUAGUUUUAUAUCAUAAAUGUGCCCUUUCA